CCGAAAUCAAAGGCAGAGAGAAACUAGGGUUAGGGUUUAACUUAUAAUUGCGUGAUCGAUUCCGAUUCGAUUGAUUCUCUUCUCUCUCACACGAAGUAGAAACACGAAACUCAGAAUCCAUGGCGACACCAGCGACGACGAAGCGAAAACCGGUGUUCGUGAAGGUGGAUCAGUUAAAACCUGGCACCAACGGCCACACACUGACGGUGAAGGUGGUCAGUUCCAAGCCGGUGAAGACGGUGAGCACCCGCGGCGGUCGACCGACGGUGCUAGCCGCGCGCCCGUCGCGCAUUGCCGAGUGCCUCGUCGGCGACGAAACCGGAACCAUAAUCUUCACCGCUCGCAACGAACAGGUGGACCAUAUGAAUGCUGGCGCAACUGUAAUUCUGCGUAAUGCAAAGAUUGACAUGUUCAAGGGAUCUAUGAGACUUGCAGUGGAUAAAUGGGGGCGUAUUGAGCCCACAGACCCCGCAAAUUUUGACGUUAAAGAGGAUAACAACCUUUCGUUAGUUGAAUAUGAAUUAGUGAAUGUUGUUGAAGAGUGAUUUUGUCUUCUGAGAGUGAAUCUUUGGGGUUUACGGGAGGUUUUAAUUUUUAUUUUGACACCAUUGAACAAUUGGCUGCGUGCAGUUUUCUUAUGGUACAGUCUUUGCUUAUUUAGUCUUAAGAUUGCUGUGGUUAAUUUAAGGAAUGAUAUUUCAGAUCAGUUUUGAAAUGUGACAAUGGUUAAGCUUAAGAUGCAAACGUAAAUAUUAUGUGUUACCUCAAAUAAAUACUGUAUUCAGUCCUUUCUGAACGAA